AUGGAAUCUACGUUCAGCAGCCCAGCGGAGGCGGUGUUGCAGCGGGAGGCGGGCGCCGCGGACCUGCUCACUCCUCUCACGGACUUGGAUCGAGUGUAUGAGCUGGAGCGAGUCGUUGGAUUUGUCCGUGACCUAGGGUGUCAGCGGGUGGCCUUACAAUUCCCGGAUCAGCUUCUGGGAGAUGCUGGGGCCGUGGCUACACGACUGGAGGAGAUCACGGGGUCCAAGAUGUUCAUUCUGGGAGACACAGCCUAUGGCAGCUGCUGUGUGGACGUGCUAGGUGCUGAGCAAGCUGGAGCUCAGGCUCUUGUACAUUUUGGCCCUGCCUGCUUGAGCCCCCCAGCCCGCCCUCUGCCUGUCACCUUCAUCCUUGGUCAGCGCUCUGUGGCCUUGGAGCUCUGUGCCAAGGCCUUUGAGGCCCUGAGUCCGGACCCCACAGCUCCCAUGGUGCUGCUGAGUGAGCCAGCUUGCGCCCACGCCCUAGAGGCCUUGGCUACUCUGCUGCGCCCACGGUACCUGGACCUGCUUGUCUCCAGCCCAGCUCUCCCCUUACCAACAGACUUCCUCAACUCAGAGCCUGAGCCCUUGGAGCGUUUUGGACGACGCUUCCCCUUAGCCCCAGGAAGGUGCCUGGAAGAGUUUGGUGCCUUCUAUGUGGGAGGCUCUGAGGCCAGCCCUAGCCCUGAUCUUGACCCAGAUCUGAGUCGACUGCUCUUGGGCUGGGCUCCAGGGAAACCCUUCUACUCUUGCUGUCCAGACACAGGACAGUCUCAGGAUGAGAGUGUUCGGGCUGGGAGGCUAAGGGCACGCAGACACUACCUGGUGGAGAAGGCCAGAGAUGCCCGUGUAGUGGGAGUGCUGGCAGGCACAUUGGGUGUGGCCCGAUACCGUGAGGCCCUGGCACACAUUCGGAACUUAACUCAGGCUGCUGGUAAGCGAAGCUAUGUGUUGGCCCUGGGGCGGCCCACCCCUGCCAAACUUGCCAACUUCCCUGAGGUGGAUGUCUUUGUGCUUUUGGCCUGUCCUUUGGGCGCUUUGGCCCCCCAGCCUUCUGGUGGCUUCUUCAGACCAGUGUUGGCACCAUGUGAGCUGGAGGCUGCCUGCAAUCCUGCUUGGCCUCCUCCAGGACUGUCCCCCCACCUCACACAUUACGCGGACUUGCUGCCUGGCUCUCCCUUCCAUGUACCCCUCCCACCACCUGACUCAGAACUGUGGGACACUCCAGAUAUGUCACUCAUUACUGGUGAGCUCCGGCCUCCACCUGCCCGGAAGCCAUCAAAUGCCCCUGAGUGUUCAGCCCUGAGUCCGCGGCCUCAACUGGAACUGGCUGAGAGUAGCCCUGCAGCUUUGUUCCUCAGUACCCGGAGCUGGCAGGGACUGGAGCCCCGCCUGGGUCAGACACCAGUGACAGGAGCUGUGAGUGGAAGACGAGGAAUUGCCAUCGCCUAUGAGGAUGAAGGAAGCAGUUGA